CCGGGCCGCGAGGCGGGCGCGCGGACGGGGAUGCUCGAGCAGGCGCGAUGGCCCCCGCCAUGCAGUCGGCGGAGAUCCAGUUUGCCCAGCGGUUGGCGUCCGGCGAGAAGGGCGUCCGCGAUCGAGCGGUGAAGAAGCUGCGCCAGUACCUCAGCGUGAAGACGCAGAGAGAGACAGGAGGUUUCAGUCAAGAAGAACUCCUGAAAAUAUGGAAAGGACUCUUCUACUGCAUGUGGGUGCAGGACAAGCCCCUUCUGCAGGAGGAGCUGGCCAACACUGUUUCCCAACUCAUCCACGUUGUUAACAACUCAGAGGCUCAACAUCUGUUCAUUCAGACCUUUUGGCAAACUAUGAAUCGAGAGUGGAAGGGGAUAGACAAGCUGCACCUGGACAAAUACUAUAUGCUGACCCGCAUGGUCCUGAGGCAGUCCUUUGAAGUUCUGAAGCGGAGUGGCUGGGAAGAAAGUCGAAUCAAGCUUUUUCUGGAUGUCUUGAUGAAGGAAAUCCUGUGUCCUGAGAGCCAGUCCCCUGAUGGAGUGAGGUUCCACUUCAUUGACAUUUAUCUGGAUGAGCUGUCCACAGUGGGAGGGAAGGAGCUUUUGGCAGAUCAGAACCUCAAGUUUAUUGACCCAUUCUGCAAAGUCGCAGCCAAGACUAAAGACCACACCCUGGUACAGACGAUCGCAAGGGGCGUGUUUGAAGCCAUUGUACAGCAGUCUCCUUUCAUACCUGAAGAGACUGGACAGGACCAGGGUAUAGAAGGCAAUGGCAAGGACUCCUCUAUGAGAGCAAUUCUUACAAAUGGGACCGCAGGGAAAAAAGUGUCUGGCACAAGUAAGACUGCACUGGACAAAUGCCUCCCCAAGAGAGAAGGAGAUGACGGCACCGCCCCGGAGGACCCAGGGCCACCCCUUCAGUUUGACUAUAAAGCUGUUGCUGAUCGACUCCUGGAAAUAACCAACAGAAAAAACACCCCUCCUUUCAACCGGAAGCAUCUCUGCAAACUAAUCAAGAAAUUCCAAGAACUCUCUGAAGCAGGCAAUGUAGCUCAACUCAGUUUUGCUGAGGACAUUGCUGGCGAAGGUGACCAAGCCCUCAGUCAAGGAAAGCGGAAGAAAAAAAGAAAGAAACUUUUAGAGAAAGCCAACUCGGAACAGGAGAAAGGAAGCCAGGUGUUUCUCGCUGAGGAAGAGGACAGUGAAGGCAGCACUCAGAAGAGAAGAAGGAAAAAGAAGAAACGGAACCACCUCCAGCCGGAGACUCGGGGCCUCGAGGAUGUUGCUGCUGCUCCAGCGCAGAGCAUGGACAGCCAGGCCGAGGCCACGAAGAAGCAGACUCUGCCGGCCCGCGAGGUGGAGCCUGGAGCCGAGGCUGCACCCCUCACCCCGGGUCAGAGUGCCUCGGAGCACCCCCGCCCCGUCCCUCCGCACAGUCAGAGGACGCGACCAAAGCAGAAGAGCCUGCAGGCUCGCCGAGGGACCUGGGAGCCCGCCACGCCACCCGAGGAGGGCACGCCUCAGCAUCCCGAAGGUGCCCCGAGCUGUGGGCUUGCUCAGGGGCCUGCUGCCCAGGGCUCCCCGACCAAUGGCGCCCGGCUCCCGAAAAGGAAGCGUAAACUUGGAGCGCUCCCUGUCAAUGGCACUGGCCUGCCCAGUGUGUCGUGGCCUUCCCCGCCGAAGGCCAGCCCAGGGGAGGGAGAAGAGGGCCAGGUCACCCUACCUCAGUGUAAGAGACCUCAGAAGAAAAAGGCAGAGCCCGGCAGCCUCCUCCACAGCCUGUCCAGCCAAAAAACCGCAGUCUUGAAAAAGAGGAAGAAAAUAAAAGAGAUAUCCAACCUCAUAGAGCACAAUGGAAUGACGGAGUCCAAAGUCAAGCAGCUGCAGGCUCUGGGAAGCAGCAGGGCUUUGGGUCAUUUGAAGAAGCAGCCACUGAGGACAGAGAAUGACUUUGUGAAGUUCGAGGUCUCCCACUCACCAAAGCCCCUGUUCUUCAGAAAAGUGAAGGGCGGCACUGCCACCAGGUCCCCAGAUCCCGCCCAGCAGGAGUGCACUCCACAGCACGCCCUCCCUGAGCUGAGCAAAACACCCACCAGCUCCAAGAAGGUCACCUUCGGACUAAACAGAAACAUGACCACGGAAUUUAAGAAGACAGACAAGAGCAUCCUGGUCAGUCCCACGGGCCUUGCCCGGGUGGCCUUUGACCCUGAGCAGAGACCCAUCCAUGGAGUGUUGAAGACCCCGACCAGCUCGCCCACCAUCACCCCCCUGGUCACCAAGAUGCCACUGGCCGCCACACCCAAAAGGAGGCCGAGGGCGGCAGACUUCUUCUGAGACCGGCAGCGGUCCCUUUUUAAAGACUGGUUUUGUACGGAAUAGUCUAUAAAUUAUAACUUUAAAGAUGUGGA